AUGGAGAGUCUAAGCCCAGCCACACCAGGACACGUGGAUUUUCGCUCAUUUGCAAGGAUUUGUCAAUCCAAAUUUCUCCGUCUACACUUUUCCAGACGACAGUUUGUGAAUAAAGAACUUGAUAAGCUGGAAAAUUUCGCCUGUGCCCUGCGAAAAAGAAGUCUUCAGACAGUGUCAUUUAACCACGCUCGCCAUGGCGUGGUCCAGAAAGAUUGGCGUGUCUUUAAUCUGUCGCCCGAUCCGCCCCCAUAUUGUCAGGAGCCCUUGUCCGAGCAGGCAAAGGAAGCGGAUCCACCCCUAUAUUGUGAGGAGUGCGUGUCCGAGCAGGGGAUUGGAAAACGGCGCAGAGACCCAUGGUCAAUGUCACCUAACGAUGAAAGACGAAAAAGAGUGCUCCUUCCAUCCCCUCAACCGAUAGGCUCUCCCACCGAAGUGAAUACGCCGAGUACUCUCUCCCCGUCACCGUCCUCGAUUCGCCCAACUUACUUUACGCAUGCUUCCUCUCCUGGCCACACAGAGUGUAAGAGACUUACACGUCUUGAAAAUGAACUCCGUGGUGUUUCCGAUGACCUGAUUCGCGAACUAUUAAUCCGAUCAGGACGCCAACAUCUGCUGGCCAUGCCAAAAGACGUAGACCGUGAGGACCUAGAGAAAGUGAGCUUUGCCGAGGUCGAGAUGAUUGAGCGUCGCCUCAAACAUUAUGUCGAUGAGAUGAUUGAGCGCCGCCUCAAAUCACACGUUCUCGACGAGAUUGUCGAUAGUGCUGUCAGCGAGUGUCGUGAUCAGAUCUACGACGAAUGCAAAACGAACGAAGCCGAGUUUCGUGAACAGGUCGACGAUGGUAACUCCGAGGUACGCAAUACAGCCAAUGAAUGCAUGAAUGAAAUCAAAGAACAGGCGCGAAGGUACAUGCAUGAAAUAGAAGAACAAGCGCAACAGUACAUGAAGGAUAUCGAGGAUCAGGGAAUCGAGGUUGAGAUGUCUGCGGAGAAAAAAGUCGCAAAGCUCAAGCGAUGGUUCAAUGCUUCUGCUCAGUCCUUACUUGGCAGCAAGUCAAGCCCUAGCCACGAGCUGGGUGCCAAUGCCAGGCGCAGUUCCAUUUAA